CGGCACCUGUCUGUCUCUCCUUUUCUCUUCUUUCCACUCUGUCUCUCACUCACUCUCCUUUGUUGAAAACCUUUACCUUUCUUCCCGAAAGCACAAACCCCAAAUUUUCUUUCACAUUUUCCAUAUCUUUCUCACCCAUUUCCCCUCCAUCUUCACCCCGUGGAACAGGUUAUGAGAGUGAAACAUGAGUGAUGUCAUGUCUUUCAGCUGGAGAGCACCGUUUUCUGCAACAGAGAUUGAUACUGACUGACAGUUUCAUGUAGGUUGGAAGUGGGGGCCUGAACUUUAGAGACCCAAUUUUUUAGUCAGAUCAAAUUCAAAUUGAGCAAAAAUCUGUUCUGCAAUUUACUUACAUGGUCAAAACACAGUUCCUUAAGCAAUAAAUUGAAUAACUGCAAUUCAUUUGGUUUAACUUUAACUGCAAUUGUUGCUUUGUGCCUAGAAGUGGUUUACUCUACUCCAGAAUACCUUAGGAACCUUGCUUUUCUUAUUAUCAAGUCUUCCUAUAUGGAAAAUUCUUUCUUAUAAGAAUCUAGCUUUUCUUAUUAUUAAGUCUUCCUACCUAUAUGGCUAUAUAUUUGUCAAAAUCUUGAAUUUUAACCAAUGUCUCAUCCCUUAUAUGCUGCAUAAACCACCUACACCUCCCCUCUCGUACAAUCAUCUUUCACUAGGUAGUUUAAAACUCAACCAAAAUCAAAGAGGAAAAGUUGUUCCAUUACCUUCAAUAGCCAUGAUUGCCAUCUUCCUCCUCCUCACCAUAUUCCUCCACCUCUUCACCACCACGACUGCCCUUGGAGUUAACUAUGGCAUGGCUGCAGACAACCUUCCUUCUCCCUCUGUGGUUGCUAACUUCAUCAAAACCCAAACUAUCUUUGAUAGUGUCAAAAUGUUUGAUGCGAAUCCCGAGGUCCUUAGAGCUUUUGCAAACACUGGCAUUUCGGUUACAGUCACAGUCGGCAAUGGAGAUAUUCCUGCUCUUACCAAUACUGUUGCAGCAAGGAGAUGGGUUGCUCAAUACAUAAGCCCAUUUUAUCCUCAGACAAAGAUCAAAUAUAUCUGUGCUGGUAGUGAAGUCUUAUUCUCAAAUAUUACUGGUUGGAUUAACAACCUUGUGCCUGCAAUGAGGAGUCUUCAUUAUGCUUUGGUUAAAGCUGGAAUUCAAGAUAUCAAGGUCACAACCUCUCAUGCACUGAACAUAUUCCGACGUGAAACUCUACCAAGUUUGACCCGUUUCAUGGUUGGCUAUGACCUAAGCUUCUUUGCACCCAUACUCCAAUUCCAUCGCCGGACCAAAUCACCUUUCAUGGUCAACCCAUAUCCCUACUUUAGCCCUGACUUAUUGAGAAGAUUAAAUUAUGCUCUUUUCAAACCAAACCGUGGAGUCUAUGACAAGUACACUGGAAAAACAUACACCAAUAUGUUUGAUGCUCUCAUGGACUCAACUUAUUCGGCUAUGAAAGCCCUUGGCUAUGGUGAUGUCGAAAUCGUGAUUGGUGAGACUGGCUGGCCCGCACAAGGUGAUUCCAGCAGUCCUUUUGCCACCAUGGACAAUGCAAUUUCUUACAAUGGGCAUGUGAUUAAGGAAAUUCUUUCUGGCAAAGGAACGCCUCUAAUGCCAAACCGCAGCCUUGAGACAUACAUGUUUGCAUUGUUUAAUGAGAAUCAAAAACCAGGUCCACUUGCUGAGAAGUACUGGGGAUUGUUUAAACCUGACUUAAGCCCUAUUUACAAUGUUGGACUUCUACGUCAUGGGCAGUCGGUGCCAACUCCUACAAAUCCAUCCCCAUCAACUCCAGCACCUUCAGGCAAGAGUUACUGUGUUCCAAAAAAGGAUGCUACCUAUGCUCAAUUGCAAUCAAACCUGGACUACGCAUGUGGCAAAGGCAUAGAUUGUACACCAAUUCAGCCUGGUGGAUUGUGUUACGAACCCAACACUAUCCAGUCGCAUGCUGCAUUCGCAAUGAAUUCUUACUAUCGAACCAAGGGUCAGAGUUAUUUAAGCUGUGAUUUUGCUGGCACUGGUCAAAUCAACUCUGUUGAUCCAAGUUAUAUGAACUGCCAUUACCUCUAAAAUAUUGGAAGAGAAGGAUCAAGGAUGAGCUUGACAUAUGCCCUUAAAAGUGUUAAUCAGCAGAAUGUUGCUAAAGUUCAUUUGAUUAGUCCAACUCUUCCUUCUUUGAUGAUUGUACUGCCAUUGCUGUAUCAAAUGUGAACAAUUUGUCAAUGAAAUGCUCUACGACUUCAUUCUUUUA